UGAAAUGAGGUAUGAAUUAUUACCAUGAUUUGGUUUUAUUAUACUCAGCAGAAAAAAAAGAAAAAAAAAACUACCUGAUUGGAAGUGAGUCAAUAAGUUUUGAAAGAGAUCUGUAGGGGGCAGAGAGAGAGAGAGAGAGUUUUAGCUUGAGAUGGAUAAAAAGAGGAAGCUGAAAGUAGCUUAUAUAAAGCUGUUAUAAGAAAGCUGGUUGCCGAAAGAUAGAACUUUUUCUCAUGUUCUAGGCUGUAUUAUAUAUCUCCUUCUCUCUCUAGUUUCUUUCUUUCUUUCUCGCAUAUGACAUACAUACCUCUCUUUUCUAUCUAAUGAUCUCUCUCUCUCUCUCUCUUUCCAUCCCAUUAGUUUGUAUUAUUAAAGUUGAGAUAGGAACAAGAGAAGCAUCUAUCUCUUAACAACUGAAGUAGCAGCAAUAGAUAGUAAAUUUGUGUGUAUCCUUUUUCUCUGUGAUAAAAAGAAAAAUAGCCCAUGUUAGGUAACAGCAAUUCAUCAUCAUCAACUGUUCCUCCCACUGAGGAGUUUACUUGUUCAGAAAAUGGAAGUAACAGUAAAAGAAAAAGAAGACCGGCAGGAACACCAGACCCUGAUGCAGAAGUGGUAUCAUUAUCACCAAAGACAUUAUUAGAAUCAGAUAGAUAUGUGUGUGAGAUCUGUAAUCAAGGGUUUCAAAGAGACCAGAAUCUACAGAUGCAUAGAAGAAGGCAUAAAGUUCCAUGGAAAUUACUCAAGAGAGAAACGCCAGAAGUUAAGAAAAGAGUAUUUGUUUGUCCGGAACCGAGUUGUUUACAUCACGAUCCUUGUCAUGCACUUGGAGAUCUUGUUGGUAUCAAGAAACAUUUCAGAAGAAAACAUAGCAAUCAUAAACAGUGGGUUUGUGAAAAAUGUUCCAAAGGUUAUGCCGUUCAAUCUGAUUACAAAGCUCACCUUAAAACAUGUGGUACUAGAGGUCAUUCUUGUGAUUGCGGCCGUGUAUUCUCCAGAGUUGAGAGCUUUAUCGAACACCAAGAUGCUUGCAAUGCGGGGCGUAUUCGUUCCAAUUUACAAACACUUCAACAACCAUCUGCUUGUUUAUCUAGAACCGCAUCCAGUCCUAGUCCUUCAAGUGACACCAAUUAUAGCACAGCUCAUCCAUGGACAGAUUUAAGGAUCACAAACCAAGCCGAAAACAUCUUUUUAUGCCCAGAUGGAAGUAGUACUCCAUCCCCAAGUGAUAUUCACCAUCAUCAUAACCUUGAGCUUCAGCUUUUACCCUCUUCAAACCCUCUCAUGAGUACCUUAGAUACUUCUGUUUCCCUACAUUCAGAUGAAAAUAAUGUAACGCAGCUCCAACUUUCAAUAGGUUCCUGUGACACCAAUCAAAAACAAGAAUCAAAUCUGCUUGCAAAUUCUAGUAAAAAUGGACCGGGCAAUGUCCCGGGGAGGGAUACAAUGAUCAGUAUCGAGGAACCUGCUAUUGCAGCAUCGAAGAUGAAAGAACAAGCAAGAGAACAACUAAAACUUGCUAUGGCUGAGAAAGGAUUUGCAGAAGAAGCUAGACAACAAGCAAAGAGACAGAUUGAAUUAGCUGAACAAGAAUUCACUAAUGCAAAAAGGAUUAGACAACAGGCUCAAGCUGAACUUGAUAAAGCUCAAAUUCUAAAAGAACAUGCAACAAAACAAAUCAACUCAACAAUUCUACAGAUCACUUGUCAUUCUUGUAAACAACAAUUUCAAGCAACAGUAGCUACGUCUUCGGCUCCGCCUGAUGAGAAUUCUCUUGUAGUGAGUUACAUGUCUUCCGCUAUAACAGAAGGUGAAGGGGAGAAUGAAAAUCAUACUCGAUCUAAUAAUAAUAAUACAACUAAAGGGAAGAUCUCUUAAACAUAAUUAUCAUCUCUAGAUUCUUAACUACUUAAUUAGUUUCUCUUUGAUCUCUGUUGCGCGCUUCUUCUGCCUAUCUCUUAAUUUAUUAUCAUUGCUAUUACACAAAAUUAAUAGAUAUGGGGUUUUUGUAAUUAUAUCUUUGGUUUUAUGCUGGUUAAGGUACAAAGUAGAGCUCUUACUUACUGCCUGCAUCAAUGCUUAAUUAAUUAAGCUGUGUGAUUUUGUGUGUAUGUGUGUUUUUUUGAUUUGCUUUAGGGAAAUGGGAGUUAUUUCCCUUAAUGUUAAUGGUGUAACCUUUUUCUUGGUUUUCUUAUUAAGUAAAUAGUUGAAAGGCGUCUGUUCAAGAAUCUCCAUUUCUUCUU